AAACAUUAAUUUUCUACUUAAUUAUUUAAAUUUUUUAUCAAAAAAUUUAAAAAAACGUAAAAACGCAUUGGAAUUGUCGUUUUUUUUUAAUAGUUUUGUCUUUUUUGUUAGUUAAAUUAGUGAAUUGUGAGCGUAAAAAUUUGAAAAGGGUGUAUCUCCUCCCUCGGAGGGUGGAUUGAUGUUUGGAUCGUUUUUCUGCACACAUGCAUGCACGUAAGCGCCGAGCUAAUUGGCCGACAGGCCGACAUCGCAUCGCCCUCGCUUCAAAACCAUCAAAAUCUUCCAAAAUAAAAUCUGGAAUCCCCCUCAGUACAAGCACAGAUACCACACACGCACUCGAAAGUCUAUCCUGCGUAGAGGAAGAUGUAAAUUACAAUGUUGAAUUACAAUGUGCAUGCUCGAAAUGAGAAUACAAGUAGUACUGAACGAAAUGAAGGGAUUUCGUACUGAUCCCGUGCCGACGUUCCCGUCGAAUCGGGAAGCUUUAGUAAUCUUCAAUUUUCUCGCAUCGCCGCCGUAAAAAAUGACAAUGACGUCACACCAGGCGGCGACACUGGUCGUAAAUUUGCGCCAUUUGUCAAAUCGACACGUUGAAACAAAUGCCCGAAUUAAUCGCUUCCUGCGUCGACAAUAAAACAGCUCUUCGGCGGAGCCACACAACAAAGAAACAACUAAUUGGUGACUGGAUGUUUUAUAUCAACGGAAAAUAUUUUCUACUUCUACCAGGCUUCUAAAGUUGUUUUAUUUUAUUUUAUUCGAUAGUAUUUUUUCUUCUUUCUAGUUUUAUGGUUAAUAAAAUUAACCGCUAGAUGUUUAACGACAGGGCGCGGACAUACUAACGACAUGUUGCAGACAAUCGAAAGAAAACGACGAUUUUUACACGACGAAAUUUUAAUCACAGUUGGUAAUUAUUUUAAAUGGGACGCACACUACUUUUGCGAGCCGGAUUGAGAAAGUCAGGAAGUGGACAAUUAACUUAUUAACUACCGAUUUUUAUGCGAUUCGCAACGUUUUGCUUUCAAAGUCGUUAAUUGUUCGGCGUAAUUCUCAAUUAAGCCACCGGGAGGUAAAACAUCUGCAAAGCGGUGCGUGAUUUUUUAUUGAAAAAAAAUUUAUUUUCUCAUUGAAUGAGAUUACGAACGUAGAAAAAAGUUAUGAACAUCAAACUCGACUUUCUUUUAUAGUUCUUUAUGGUAUUUUUUCUCAGCGGGCAACUUUUUUCGAGCAGGUAGUUCUGAAGGGUCCUCAACUCACUGGGAGCAUUUAAAAAAUGGUUAUAGACCGCAAUAAACUUGCCCAGACAUUCGAAAUAGUCAGAUAAAUGUAAUAUAAGCGCGGAGAUUGUUUCGGACGGUUUUUUUUCGUUGCCUCAAGGAGAAGGUAUCUAAAAAACGCACGAAAUUAUAGACCGACCAAUUUUUGUUCACCUACGUGAUGAUAUUACCAUCAUACGAAUAGAAACAACUUUCUGAUUCGUACGAAAAAUCUAAAAUUGCAUUUUGGUACCCUUGACUAUAGACUUGAAGAGAGAAGGGUUUUGAAGAAAUGUAAAAAUGCACACGCACGCGGCGCGGCCGGUUCGUGAAUCGUGAAGGAAGGAAGAAUACUGAAGAAGGAAUACCGGUCCGGCUAGUAUUUUACCAUUUUCGAUGAUGUUCUUCGCUGGGAGACACGCCGAGAGACCACAUCGUACGCUCGCUCGCCGAUUAAACUUCCAGCAACCGAGCCAACCGACUGAAGACUGAAGACGAGUUUCACAUUUUUGUGGUUGACCACUAGCGAGGUAUAGAGUUCCUACGUGAUUUUCACAUUUGUAGGAACUUCAUACCGUGCUCUUGGAUCUUCCAAAUUUCAUCACAUCAUCAAAAAAAUAGAAAAAAAUCAAUUUAUUCUUUUACAGAAAAAAAUAAUUUCUAUUAAUAUUCUUGUAUAAUAUGUGAAUGUGAAUGCAAGUUGCGUAGUAAUAACCUAUAAUAUUGUUAUCGUAUACGAGUAGUAGCAUGUUGGCAUGUUAGCAAUUUUAAAAGGGUUUUCAUUUGUUUUGUGCGCUCGCAUCUUGAGUUGCGCAUGAAAUUGCUAUUAUUACGCGCCUGAUAUGAUAUACGAGGAGGAGGCUCUUGUAUCCUAUGACGUAAUUACUGGGAUGACCAGUGGGGAAUUCGAAAUUGCAAUCGUGGGGAAAUUCAGCACGUUAGAAAUUAACUAUGACAACAACAAUAAUAAAAAAAAACGCAAAACGCGGUAUUUCCAUCCACAACAACUUUUACAAUAUGUUUACAAUGAUACUUAUUAUCUUUAUUGUUUAUUAACAAAGGAAACGAGGUAAAAACUUGCGUAAAGCCUGUUUAAACUCGCUCAGUAAUAAUUUAAAGUUUUCAGUAGUCGUUAUUUUUAUCAGUGUGGUGAACAAGUCAACCAACGUUGCAGCACGAUGGCGUGCUAUCGAGAAUUGUUUAAUACAAUCAACAAACACUAAGUACAUUAAGUGCAAACACACAAACAAACGGAGUUGGAGUUCGCAGAAAAACAAACAGCUAAUUUUAUGCGAAAUUCAGAAGAAACCGAACAAAAAAUCAGCGAUAAACGCUUGAAAAUUAACAUUUAUAAUAUCUUAACACGAAUUUAACUUAAAAACUUUGAAACGCUGAUAAAAACAAGUCGUAAAAAUCAUUUAUAUUCUUCAACUUGGUUAAUCUGGAUCUUAACCCUUUGCUUCAGGAGGAGUCGGGGCAUUCGUGUUGCAUUAUAAGAGAAAACUGUAAUUUCGUCGAAACUGAUUGAUUUCAAAAAUUCAAAUUUCUCACUGCUCAUUUUCCAAAUGGUCAUUGGGGGUUUAGCGUGAUUAGUUGCAGAAAUGGCCGCAAGAUGUCGCUGUUGAUGCGCGAUCUGCAACAAAUGGUAAUAUUGUAAUCUGCAUUGUUUGCGCGUCCUUUUAUUCGCGCGUCUAUUUCCGCGUGGUUGAUUGCACUGUGGUUAAUUAUCGGGUUAAAAAGUUACUUAAGACACAAUUAAUCAAAACGCGAGUGAUGUACAAACAGACAAUAAGUGCGUGGUAGUAGUGUUAUACAUUUCCGAACUGAUUUUCUUUCGUUUUAAUCGUUUUAUUGCAAUCAACCACGCUGCAAGUGUGCGGUGCUUGCAGGUUAGACGCCGUCCAUGAUGCCACAGCAGGGUCAACCUCGAAUUUGCUGAUACAUAGUGACGUUCAUGUCAUGUUCCGGAUGGAUGUAGAUUUACCAGAUAAUAUCGCCAAAUAAGGACCGUAAUUUCAAUUUCAACGCUCCGUACACAAUAUGUGGCUGGUUGUUGGUCAUUGCAAUUGCGACUCUGACGUGGUCAGUGUUGAUGAUAUUGCUGCGAUGGAUACUUUCGGAUGGUUCUACAGCAACACAAUAAUAAUGCACCAGUCUUGUGCACUACGAUUUGGAACUACGCGCAUGGGGCAAGGAUCACGCUGGUUUGCUAUCUUUAAGUCAAAAGAAAGAAUACGAUGUGGCGCAACUGAGGAGGAACAGGCAGAAUGCAUUUGUCCAGACUGCGACUGUUUUAUUGAAAUAUCCUUUGCAACGAUGUUAUGGAUGUGCGUAUUUUAAGGCAAGUCUUUACGUUCUCUGAAUUUCAUAGCCAUGGUAAUUUUCGAUAUGAAUAAUUGUAUAUAUUUUUAUAUAAUGUUUGUAAAUAAAACACAAUAUAAUAUUACAAUCUCUUUCA